AUGGGCUUCCAGGUUUUGUCAUUACUUAUGAUUGUUGGUGUUAUCUUGGAAGCGAGUGCCAUCACAUCGUUUUGGCAGCUGGCCGUUGGAAGAAUCAUUGUUUAUUCUGGCAUCGGCCUGGCGUCUAAUGUCGUUCUGACCUAUCUUUCUGAAUGUGCACCCCAGCGGGUUCGAGGUGCUUUCCUCGCGUUAUAUUCAUUUUUCACAUCACUGGGAGUCUUCAUCGCUAGCUUGGUGGUAUACUUGUCCCGCAGCCGCACCGACAAGUGGCAGUAUCUUAUUGUGAUUUGCUGUCAGUUAUUCGUGCCUGUCGGCUACUUAAUUGCAUAUCCCUUCCUUCCCGAAUCACCUCGAUACCUAGUAUACCGUGGACGGUUCACAGAGGCGGAAGAAGUCAUGAGACGUCUGUCCAACCAUCGAGAGGCCAUCUCACAGGAGAUCCAGCUCCUCAAGUUGCAAAUUGAGGAGCAACGUGAACUUCACAAGGCCACAUCCAUACUCGACUGCUUCAAGGACACAAAUCUUCGCCGCACGGUCGCAGCUAUGGGCGUUCAAAUUUUUCAACAGGCACAAGGCGUGUCUUUCAUACAAAACUUCAUCGUGACGUUCAUGCAACAGCUGGGAUUCCCAGACCCUCUCAGAACCAACCUGCUCGUCACAGGAUGUUCAUUUGCUUGUCACGUUUUGACUUUUAUUACUUUCGACAAGCUCGGUAGACGAUGGUCCCUCCUUAUAGGCUCUAUUGGAAUGGCAGCUACCAUGCUGGGUACCGGCGGCGCGAUAGAAUCCGGCCAUGCCGUAGCAGACCUAUCAAUCCAAGCUAAAAACGCAUGUGCCGCAUUGCUAAUUCUCUGGUACUGUAUCUAUGGAUUUACUUGGGGCCCAGGAUGCUGGAUUGUCACAGGUGAAAUUGGAACCGGUCAGCUUCGUGAGCGAACUAUUUUCCUCGCUUCUAUGGGCAGCUUUUUGACUUCGGUUCCGAUUAAUUUUGUCAACCCCUAUGUGCAGAAGGCCAUUGGAGGCCGCGUGACAUUCAUAUAUGGCGCAUUCUCUAUUGUCUCCAUUCUCUUCGUCUGGAUGUGUGUUCCUGAGACACGUCGCAGGUCUCUUGAAGAGCUCGACGAGAUGUUCCAGGCGCAUGUGCCCACUUGGAAGUUCAACAAUUAUGUCUGUACCGGGAUGGGCGCCGAAAUUACACGGCUGGAGCAUGGUGGCAAGGAGGAUAAGCCGACUCAAGAAGAAAUAGAAUGA